GGUAAAAAAAAUAUCCACACGGUUCCCGCCUCAUCCAAAUCAAAAACCCUAAUUUCUCCCAGAUCCUCCCAAUCUCUCCAUCCCCACUAAACCCAAUUCACAUUUCAUCUUCCUCCUGAUUCCACAUGACUGAAGAAGAUAGCGGCGAAUCAGUACCCGGGAAGAUCCGACCCGCUUUAAGCGAUUUGACCAAUAGGAAGAGAGGAGGAGCUUCGUCGGGCGAAGAGGAAUCUUCGGGAGGACAAUUCUCGAAGCGGCUGUGUGUAGUCGUAGACGACUUGGUUAAGCAACACGUGUCCUCCUCCGAUUCGAAAUGCAGCUCUGAGGAGGAGAAAGGAUCUCGCGGGGAGGUUUCUAGUGGAGAAGAUGCGAAACCGUUGAAAGAGAUCUACUUUGAGCCCGGUGAUAGAGACGGUGCGAGGGAGUUAAGUGGGAGUGAUGUUGAGAUGAGGAAGGAGUUUGGGAGAUGUAAGAAUGUGAGAGCUUUUGAGAUGAGUAGAUGUUCGAAUGUUGAUAAGGAAGAGGGUGUGGAUGAUGAUGGUUUGAUAAAGUCUUGUUCUUGUUCUUUUUGUCUUAAAGCUGCUUAUAUCUGGUCGGAUCUUCAUUACCAGGACAUUAAAGGUCGAUUAUCAGCAUUGAAGAAGAGUCAGAAAGUAGCUAGCAGUUUGAUUCAAAGGAAUGACAAAGAAAAAACUACUGGUUUUCAUGGAUUUGUAAGCUCUGUUGGUUCUGCAAAGCUGGAAUCUGAUCUCAUGGGUCAGUGGAGGUCGCUGUUUCUUAGCAUGGGUGAUAUUCUCGCUCAUGAAAGCAACCACCUUCAAAAUAGCUUUACGACAAUGAAAGAUUUGCGAGAAGAUUGCAAGAUUGAUUUGGAGAGAGCAACCAAAACACCUCAGCACAAGACCUGAUAAGUACUCUUCUCUACUUGGUGAAACACUGUAUGGACUUGUAAGCUUUUCUGUAAUUUUCGCAGCAGCUCGUGUGAAAAUUAUAUACGUAAUAUCUGGAUGUAAUGUAUAGAUGCUUCAAAAUUUCAUUCCGUAUGUGUAAUUGACAAAUGCUGUUUGUGUUAAGUUCUUUCCUUGAACUCUUUGUCUCUCAUUGACAUUGACUAUUUUGUUUUUUUUUUGUUCUUGUUGCGACUUUGCGUCAGUCAUAUAAGGUAGCAAUUGGUAAAG